UAAUAUUGAUAGGUAGGUAGGUAGGUACUAUCCUAUAAUAUUGUAAACCAACAACUAAGAUACUAAGAUAGUACCUAUCUUCGUGUUGUAAACACUAAACAGAAUAGCUAUAUAAGUAAUAAGUAUUGCCAUAUAUACAUAAAAUAUAUUAUGAUUGUCAGUGAUAUUUAGUAACUGCUAAUUUAGUGUAUAUAAAGGCUAAAUUUAACGAAUGUCAAUUACCAAAGUGAUAACAUUAUACAAUGUUUCGUAAGUGUCAAGAAAAUAAUCAAAAUAAAAGGAGUUAAGUACACGGAAUUCCAAAUAAAAAACAAUGGAGCCUACUCGUACUGUUGGAGGUUCUAAAUCAUUUAAUCCUGUUGAUUUACAACAACUAGUAAAUCCUUCUAUUACUAUAAAAGUGAAACUAGAGCUUGUUCAAAAAAUAUCAGAUUGCCUCGAGGAUUGUUGUCGGAAUCAAACUUACUUUGAAAAUAUGGUUUCUGCAUUUCUUAAUGUUUUAAAUAACAUUGAACCAGUAUUUACCCCUGAUAAUGAUACUUUUAAAAUCAGAAAACUAAUACUUCAAAUAAUUCAUAAAAUUUGUAGCAACACUGAAAAAAUGAAAAACUUUUUACAUGCUAUAAUGGUAACAUGCUUAAAAGUUAUGGAAACUGACAAUGAACAAUGUGUUAUUUUUUGUGUAUGGAUAUUUAAAGAAUUAAUAAAUUCGUUUAGGCCUAAAUUUGAUGGUUGUUUUAGAACAGAGAUAAGUAAAUUUUUGAAACUGAUGGUAAACAUGUUUAGUACUUCUAGUCAUGUUGAAGAUAUAUUAAGUUUUCAAAAAACUACUGAUAUAAAAACAUUAAUAAGCACUAUUCGCUCAACUACGUCUAUUACUAAAAAUUCUACCACUUAUAUUUUUAUUCCAAUGGGAAAAGUAUCAGUUAAAGUCUUAAAAGAACUUGCACAAAUGUUGAGAAUAUUUCAUAUGAUGUACAAUAGCGUCUAUUCUUUUAGAACUGAAAUGUGUGAAUUUUUUUCUACACUAGUAAAGUUCUUCUACUUGGAAAUACCGUACAAAUCUGAGUACAGAGAUUUGGUUUUAGAUUUAAAAUAUGCCCAAGUAAGAUUAUUGCAUUUCUUUGCUUUAUUUCUGAGAGAAAACAGAGAUGCCAUACGUCUACAUUGUUCAUCAAUACUAUGUAGAGUUAUAAACUUAUUGGGUUCCAAUAUAUUUUCAGAAGACAGUAAUUUGCGUACAGAACUGCUUUUUGGUUUUGAAUCUAUUAUUUUGUCUGACUUUAAGUAUGAAUUUUUACCAUUUAUGGAAAAACUUUUAGAUGAAAGCUUAGUUACAGGUAAAAGUUGGUCUCAAAAAAGUUUGUUGAGACCAAAAGUCUAUAUAUAUAUUGAUCAUCUUAUUACGCAUUUACAUAGUCAGUUGCCAUUAAAUUAUUUGGUUCGUGUAAUUCACUUACAUUUUCUUAAUAUUCUAGAUACCACACUACAACCUGAAGUACAAAUAAACUUGUGUAAUAUGGUAAUGAAUAUAUUGAACUAUAUAAUUCAGCGGCCAAAUCCAUUAAUUACUAAUAUAAACACAAUUGAAAACAAUGAUAAUCCUUUAAUUGAAUUAUUUAAUCGAACAUUUAAAAUAUUUGUUGCAAAACUAAAACAGUUUCAUAAAUUGUAUUUGUCACCAAUAAACAAAAAUUGUUCUACAUUUUCAAUAAAUUUUGCACCUCAAGAAUGUACAGAUGAAUGUAUUUCUAAAAUUUUAGCAGAAUGUGAGACUGUAGAAAAAGAGAAAAAAUUUGCCUUUGGGUAUCAUUCAUCUCAAAUAAUACGUUAUUCAAUUAAAGACGCAAAGCAUUUUGUUAAAACAGUUAUUCCAGCAAUUAAAACGAUCUUACAAUUUAUCGUAAAAACCGAAGGAGCUAGGGUUCCAAUUCAGCAUCACAAUAAGAAAUUAUUUACUCAGUUUAUAGUCUUAUCUCUAUCAACAUUAAAAAUUUAUGAUUGCAGUGUUAAAAAAAAAGAGAUGACUAAAGAAGUAUUAGAUGCUAUUGCUUGUAUAAAUCCCUCUCAUUUAAAAUAUUUAAUGGCUAAUGGCUGCAUAAUUGAAAAAAUGUAUCAGGACAACUUAGAAGUAUUGUUUAUUGAUUUGGCCUUUACCAAUGAAAUGUUGUCUUCUACAUUCAGCAGCUUAAUAUUUGAAUAUAUUUUAGACAAUAUGAUGAAUGAUGAUAAAUUAACAAAUUUAUCUGAUUUAGCCGAUAGACUUCAGCUUAAUCUUAAAAUAAAUAGUAAUGAAGAAAUUACGAGCAAUUAUGUUUGCCAAAUAAUUAAAAAAUUAAUGGUGUACUUAAAAAUGUCACAUAGUCCAUUAAUUUAUCUACAGAUAUUAAACAAUUUUUUAAUAAUUGUUCAAUCCACUGAAGAUCUAUUUAAAGAAAAUAUUUCCAACGUACUUAAAGAAUUAUUUAAAGACUUAGUGUCAUACCAAAACAGUUUACCCAGUGGACCAACAAAGAUCUUAUUAACAGAGUUAUGUUUGAGUGAAUGCUUGUACAAAGAAGUUUUACACAGCCAUACAAUUGAUCUUUUGAAUGUAAUUUUAUAUUCAUUAGAAGCCCCAAAAUUGUCUUUACAGGGAAUCUGUGUACUGGAAUCCUGUAUAAAUGUACUGCCCAAUCAUGUUUUGGAAGAACCAACUCUUACAAUUCGGAGUAAAAUUGUUAAAGUUUUAUGCAAAUGUUUAAGUAACCCAAAUGAAUCAAUUUCUAUUCCAGCUGUAAGUUUACUUGGUAAACUGGGAGGUCACAAUCGUAAUAUGAUUAUUGAGCCAUUCUGCUUUUCAACCAAAGACAACUUGCGCACCAGUUCUAAUCUAAAUAUUACCAUUUCCUUUCAAGAUUAUCCAAAUUCACCACUGCAGUUAAAUAUUAAUACAGCUUUGUAUACUGCUGUCGAAACAUUAAAAUCUAAUAAUGAUCAAUUCUAUACAAGAGAGAGUUGGAAUGUGAUCAAAGGGUUUUUUAUAGUAUCCUUGCAGUGUGAUGCUACUGGUAUUUUAAAUGCCUUAUCCAACAUAAAUUGGAAGGAAAAAACAAAUUUGUUUACUAGGGUCAAAAAUAGUUACUCAGUAACUGAGAUAGAAAAUACAUACAUUACAGCAUUAACUGGGUUAAUGAUAUGUUAUGGUAACAAUAAAUUAAAAUCCGAUUGUUCCGAAUUAUUUCUUGCUGUUAUUAAAGAAAUAGUUUUGCUUUCUAUUUGCAAUGACAUUGAUGUUCAGCCAGGAAACGAUCUCAGUGUUCACCCAUAUGUUUUAAUUGAUGCUAUUGCUAAUGUUUUAUCCACUGAGAAUGAAGCAAUUUCUAAUGUUGGUGCAUUAGUUACAGAAAUGGUACUCAGGGAAACAUCUAGCAUUUUAGGGAACAUUUUUGUUCAACUGCCUCUUGUAACAUACAUAUUAAAACGGUUUUGUGAACUUUGUUACAAUAACGAUUGGAUUCAUAAACGAGGAGGUUGUAGUGGCCUACAAACUUUUUUUCAAUAUAUCCUGAGACAAAAUAUUGAAAAUCACACUCUUCCUGAGUGUCUUGCUAAUUGGUAUUUGAAGCAUUUCUCUUAUGCAUUUAAAGCAAUGAUGUUUAUUUUUUCUGACUUCAAAGAACAAAUGUCCUUUGGUGUUAUUAAGUUAGCACAAGAUAAUUUGACUGAUUUAGUAAAAUGGUUGUAUUCUAUAAACCUUACACAAUCGAACCAACUGCAACAAAUUGAACUUGAGAAAAUUGAAAAAGCAUUAAUUGACUACAUAGUGGGUCCAAAUGAGCUGCUCCGAGAACAAUCAAUCAAAAUAGUUGAGUUAAUAUCUAAAAUCAAGAAAACAGAAGUUUUGGAUAUAUUUUUACCAUAUAACGAGCUGUUUAAAAUAGCUAUUCCAGGAAAACAAUCAUUUAAUACUUAUAGUUUCAAUUACCAAUUGGGAAUAAUGAAAGGACAUAUAUUUUGUAUGAAAUACUUUAUUCCUGCAGGAAAUCUAGAUUUUUCAAAUCGAAGACACAAAGAUUAUUUUUUUAUAUUGUGCAACAUAUUUGAAUGUGCCAAUAAAGAGGCUCCAAUUAUGGUAUUCUUUAAAUCAUUAACACCCAUUCAAAUAUAUAUGUUUCAAAUAACUGCUUUACAAGUUUUAGUCAAUUGUCGACAAUUUGUAAAGCCUAAAAAAAAGAGAUUUAUUUUAAAAUUAUUUUUUGAUGCACUAAAAGGUCCUAAUCUUAAAUUACAACAAACAGCGUACAAAUGUUUACAGUUAUGUGUAACUGAUUUUAAUUUAGAUAUGACAAUUGUGAAUGAUUUGCUAUUAUAUUACAUUAAUUUAUUCCAAGACUAUUCCACAGUAACAUUGGCGAAUAUUCAAUGUAUUUUGUAUUUAUCCAAGUUGUUUCCAUCUAACCCAAAUAUUAUUUUAUGUACAACAUUAUUGGAUAUAUUUAAAUAUAUUUGGAAUGAUUUGCAUUGUAAUAAAACAAAAACUAUGAAGAGCGAUCAUGAACUGAUGUUAACUAAAAUAUUAGAAACUAUUUUUAUAAUAUCAGCAACUCAAUUUAAUCAUAUUGAAGUGAUCUGUCAAUUAAUUUUGAAUGAAAAUAAUGUGAGAUAUGAAUUACAAAGUAAUCUGUACCCAUUACUAAAAGGAUGUUUAUCAAAAUUUCCAAAUAAAUCUGUCAUAUUAUUUUUUCAAGAAGAAAAUAUCAAGAAACCCUGUUGGUCAUCAUUAUUACAUUUAAUGAUAUGUAAUCCAAAUUGUCAUGCAUUAAGAAAUGUAUUAACAUCAAAUGAAAACCUCAUUGAAUCAUUGUUGACUUCUGCAAGAAAUGAUCCUUCAAGUAUCAUUCACUAUGAGUGCAUUAAAAUAAUACACAGUUUAAUGCGUAUGGAGAAAAAAUGGAUUUCCAAUUCAAAAAAAAUGAUUAGUGUACUACAAAAUAUAUGGAUAAGUCAGCAAUAUAAAGAAAAGUAUAAUAAUUUAUUGUUAAUUAAAUCAACUGAAUGGGACGAGCCAAAACUGUUGUUUAAAAUACUACUUGAAUACUACAAAAAUAAUCAAGAAGAAUUAUAUUUGCUUUUUCAAUUAUUGACUAUUUUCACUUAUCGAUUUCCAGUGGAUAUUCAUUUUUUUCGAAGCUUUUUGGAAAAUGAAAUUGCUGCAUCAUUUUCUAUAGAAUGGAAGAGAAAAGUAUUUUUUCAUUUCAUCAACCUCUACCAAAAUAAGACUGCUCACAACGAUAUUUUAUCAAACAUUCUCCAAUAUAUUAUUUUGCCUUGUUUUUUUAAAUGCUACAAAGAGGGAGAAAAAGAGGUGUUAUUGUUAUGUAGCUCUAAAAACUCAAACGAAAAUAUAAUUCAAGUGUUUUUAGAUAAAGUUUUUAUUGACAUUCAAGCAACAUUGGUUGGAUGUGAUUAUGAUGGCCUAAAGUUAUACAUAUGUCAACUGGUUUGUUUGUUCUUCAAUGAUUUAUUAAAUAGUAAUGACAACAUUAGUGACUCCUUGUAUAAUGCUGUUAAACCUUGCACAUCGGUUAGGUGUUCAAUGGAUAUAAAUGUUAAAUACCAUUGUUAUUUAAUUUUAACCUAUAUCAUGUUAUCUGAAAAUUCAGAAAAAUUAAAAAAACAAAAACUUAACCAAGGCAUAUAUUACGAGCUUUUAAAAGCCAGCUAUCCCGAAGCUCAGCCAGUUAUUAACUAUGCUUUAAACAUAAUUGUUUCUACCGUUGGAGAGAAAAAUAGCGAAGUUAACACACUAGUAGUGUGUGUGAAAAAAAUUAUGAUGACUGAAACACAAAACAUUCCUACACUACAUCAUAUUUGUUCAUUCUUGAUAAAAUAUAAUACUCUGUUCUACCCUUAUAAGCAGUUUUUGAUUCGUAAUAUUUUAGGAGCAUUAUUCCCUAUUGCAAAAAAUAACAAUGUUUCCGAAUAUAAAAAGACUGCAAUUGAACUGGCAUGCAUGAUAAUUAAAUGGGAGUUAACUGUCGAAGAUGAAAAUAAUAAGUUGAAGUUUCCAAUAAAACGCAAAUUUGAAGGCACUGAGUCAAAUUUAAAAGACAAAGAAGGAAAAUCCGAAAACAAUAUUUUGCACUCAUGUAAGAAAAGCUCAUCAGAGACAAUUGACAACUGUUUAAACUUUUUAGCAAUGGUUGGAUGUCAGACUCACGAUGAUAAACCAGAAAGCAGUAUUAGCCAGCUUGCUAAGCGCAGUACGACACUGUUCAAAAACAUAUUGAACACAGAAGCAAUCACGCUUCAAGAAGUGACAUUAAAGUUUGGUUGGAUAGAAAAACUUUUAGAAAAUUUUUUAUUUAAAGAAAAUCAUAUCAUCCAAAACCCAAAUGCAUUUGGCAAUAGCAAUGCCAAUUUAUUAAAUUUGUUGACAACAUUCGAUGUUAUUAGUUUUAUGCUUAACAUUCUGUCAAAGAAAUUUAUGUUAGAAGCUGUGAAACCCUUACAAGAUCAUUUAAUUAAAUUCCUUCAAUUAGCAUACAAAGAGGUGUCAUGUGGGUAUUCUUGUAAUACUCCAAAUGAAUAUCCGAUUAAUCGUCUAAACCCUCAACAAAUAAAACAAUACAAUGAUGGUGCUGUUAAAGUUGUAGCGGAUAUUUUAAAGGCUUUUCCUACCAAUGAAGGCUUGGAAAAACUCCACGUUUACAUUAAGCUAAUUAUCACUGAAGGAAUAAUCAAUAAUAAAUGUCCACACAAAAUGGCUUUAAGUCUUUCAUUAUUAAAAGCAGCACAAAGCAAUUUCCCAUUAUAUUUAGAAAGUGACAUAAUUAAUUUCAUCGGUGAUAUAUUGUUUCAAUUUGAUAUAAAUAAUAGCAAAACUAAAAUAAAGGCAGUGUGUCUAGAAAUACUAGAAAAUCAUGUUAAAAGUCUACCUACUGUCACUCAACGAAUAUUUUUCGAAAAAGUUCUAAUAGUUCUUUUAAAUAAGGCAAAUGAUUUCAAGAAUAAUAUGCCAAUUGAAGUGCAAAUUAAAUGUCUGGAACUUGUUUAUUUAUUUUUGGGUAAAAUGUCGGCACUAAUUGAAGAAGUAUUUCUAAGAUCAACAAUAAUUGACUACAUAAAAAACUCAACCGAUGAACGAAUAAUAAUUACAAUUUUAAAUAUUAUGGAAAAGUGGGUAAAAUUGUGUAAAGACGAAUCAACACCAUGCAACAUUUAUAUUGUUUACAUUUUAAAGUAUAUCAUCACGACAGAACGUUUUCCAAAUUGUUCUGAAAUGUGUUACAAACUAAAUUUAGACAUUUACAAUCAAUGGUCUUUUAAUGAAUGUGUGGACUUUGGUCUCAAAUGUUCUAUACCAAACCUGAGGUGCUCAUUUUUUAAUAUUUCUGAUUCGACGGUGGUGAGUAAGCUGUAUCACAGAUUGUAUUCUAUCGUGACUGAUCAUAUGGGUCAUAAAAUUGAACUUUCAAUUGCACAUUACAUUCAACUCUUGUUAGUGUUAUUGUCAAAAAAUACUAUGUUGCAAGGUGAUUUUCCAAUAUUGAAAAAGAACAAAUGGGGCAAAUAUGAGAAAUUGUUUAGUAUACCGAAUCGGUUAAAUUGGCUAAAGAAAAUAUCACUACAACAGUCAAUUAAAACAUGUGAUGUAUGCUCUUCAUUAGCACAACUGUGUUUCAUUGACAUUAAUUUAGCUAAAAAAAUAUGGGUAUCAUUGCUUCCGAGUAUUUGGAGUCUAUUUACUGAAAUUCAAAGAAAGUCUUUAUCACGAGCUGCUAUCAACUUCUUAGAGACUAGUCACUUUAAAAAUGAUUUUAUGAUUAUUUUUUAUGAAUCCUUUGUAUUAUGUGAACCAGAUAUACAUUUCCGACCAAAUCAACUAGUAUAUUUGGGAAAAUCAUACAAUCUUUGGCAUCAAGUAGUUGUCGAAUUGGAAAAUUUAUUGUGUACAGGCUGUAAAGAUAAUUAUGAUAAAAAUGAUGUCAUAAACGCGUUGUUCCAAUUAUACUCUUUGCUAAAGGAGGAUGACUUUAUUGAAGAAUUAUGGGAAUACAAAUUUGAAUGCCCUAAAACUAAAACAGCUUUGUUUCUUGAGCAACAAGGGGAUUUUAAAAAUGCUUCUAAAAUCUAUAGCAAAUUGAUAUAUAAUGAUUGUAAUAAAAGUCGUUCCCUUUAUUCAUCACGCUGUGAAAAAGAAAAAAAUAAUCUUUGGGAAAAUCAUUUAAUCAAGUGUUUAAGAGAGUUAAACGAUUGGGAUGCAAUAUUAAACUUAUCAUCAAAUGAAAACUAUUUUUUACUAAGUAUUGAAGCUGAAUGGAAAAAACCUCUGGAUUCUUCUAUCAGUCACCGAUAUAAUUCAAUGAUGGAACAUAUAGAAAAGAAUCAAGCUCUUUGGCCUUCUCAAUUAAAUUGGAAGUAUCACUUUUACCUAGGAAUGAUUGCUUUAAAUCAAUUAAACCAAAAGUGUACGACUACAGCAAUUGAGCAUAUAAAUCUUGCCACUAAGGCAAUUGUCAGUAGAUGGAAAUCAUUACCAAAAUACAUUUGUGAUGUACACAUACCUUUACUUCAAGCUGCUCAAUUGGUUGUUGAAGCACGUGAAGCACACUUCUUACAAAGUAGCUGGUUACAGGCUGAAGAAAAUAUUUACAAUAUUGAUGUAUUGGUAGAAAUUUGGAAUAAUAGAAAUCCAUCGAUUGGAGAUGACCUUAGUUUCUGGAAAGAUUUAAAAUCCUGGCGACAAACAUAUUAUUCAUUUUUAAUUUUCCGUGAAGCGAGUGUAGAAAUUAAUAAAACAAAAACUGCUGAGAUUCAAUCUAAACUACAAUUCUGUGAAGCAGCAUUAAACCACAACAUGACUGAUGUAUGUUUAAAAUCAUUAGACUAUUUGGACGCAACUGAAAUGUGUUUACCUGAUUGGCUUCAAAAAAUGAAUAUAGAAGCCAAGUGUAUGCUUAAAGAUAAGGAUGAUUUAAAAAUAUACGAGAUACUGAAUCAUAUGGAGUUGACAUUUGAUGAUGAUUCAUUUCCAAGUGACAUGAAAUCAAUAUAUUAUGCAAUUAGAGGAUCACUAUAUUAUUCUUGUAAUGACACAAACAAUGCAUUUAUUGCAUUUUUAACGUCAGCAAAUUUUCAAAUAUGUCCUACAAACCAAGAAGCAGACUGGAGUCAAGUCAUUGAAAACAAUUUUGUAUCACAUUGUUCUAACAAUAGUGAUUGGCAACAGAGUAGUGAAAAAAACAAUAAAUUCAAUACAAUGUACACAACUAUUGAGAGUUGUGAAAUAUUGGCAAAUGCUUGGAUUCAAUGGGCAAAAAUGUUGGAGAGUAUUUUUAGUUCUGAAAAAAACAUAGAAAUGGCUUCAGCUGCUAUAAAGUGUUACAUUUUGGCAUCACCUUUAACUAAUGAAGUUGAUAAAACAUUUUUAAUUGCAAGGAUUCUAUGGUUAUUGUCAAAUGAUGAUAUAAACAGCACACUUUUGAGUGUUCUCGGACAAUCUAACAUCGAUACAUAUAAUUCAUGGGUUCCAGAGUUAAUAAAUAUUCUAGUUAACAACGAGAAUUCUAAUGUUGACAAUAUUGUUCUACAAGCAGCAUACAGAUGUCCACAAACAAUGUAUUUAACAUUAAGAAAAAUGUACUUUAAGGAAAAAAUCAUAAAAGAAGAGAAAGUGCAAACCGAUAUGGAGCAACCAUUUAGACUUACGGAAUUGGAGUAUAUAAACAAAAAAGUUGAUAAAAUUGAAAGAUUCAUUAGUUUAUUACACAAAAAAAGUUUGAUUUAUAUUGAGCUAGAAUAUUUUGUACACCAUAUUUUUCUUUUAGGCGAAAGUUGGGAUGAAGAAUUACGUCGUAAGCUUCAUGAAUGCUUAUCCUUAUGUUAUGACUAUGCUUAUCAAAAUAAAAGUAUGAAUGUACCAAUUUCAAUAGAAAUUUUCAAUUACAUAGCAAACAUAUCCAAGAUUUUUUGUAAUCAAAAUUUAAGUGAUAGAGAAUUUAUGAUGAAAAAACCAUUUUCAAUUCCGGAUAAUUUAUCUAAAUUUCAUGAAAAAUUCAAGGAAAAGUUUUCUGAAGAUUUUAGUUGCACUUCAAUCAAUAUUGGGAUUGUGAUAAAUUCUCUUAAGUUAUGGAUAAAAUGCUUAGAACACUUUGCCAAUUAUGAAACAAUAUUUUUACAUGAGUCUCGAUGUCCAAAAAUCCAUAACGCAGAUUGGUCAAUGAUAAGAAUGCCAGGAGAUACAAAUUAUGUGAAGGAAUCUUCUAGCAUUGUCAAAAUACAUAAUUUUAGCGGCUAUGUACGUCUUGUAGAUAAACAUGGUACUAUUGUGAAGCAAUUAAGUAUUAGAGGAACUGAUGGUUUGGAAUAUUCUUAUAUUGUUUCUAAUGGGGAAUUCAACGAAUCUGAACAAAGAGUACAUCAGUUAUUCUCUUUGUCAAAUAGUUUAUUAUGUAAUCACAAAGAAACUGCUAAACGCAAUCUCAAAUUUUUCUUACCACGUGUACUAACUUUGUCUCCUUAUUUGCGAAUGGCUGAGAGUAAUCCUAGUAAUUUAUCACUAUUAAAUAUUUAUAGUAAAAUGAGUAACAGCACAUGGAUCAAUGAUGACAUAGAUACUUAUUAUUCAACAUUGAAUGAUUGUUACAAGUUAAGUGUCAAAAUUAAAAAUCCUGAAAAAAAAGUAUUUUCCAAAAUACAAAGAAAACAUUGCUCAAAAAAUAUUUUGAACGACUUUACUCUGAACAACUUUGCAACUCCCUCAGAUAGUUGGAUGUUUCGUAAAACAUUUAUAGAAUACUAUUCAUUGUUGUGUUUUUCCGAGUAUACAUUUAACCUAACAAAACUUAAACCAGAAAUGUUAAAUAUAAAUACAAAAAGUGGUGUGGUCAAUGCUGAAUAUUAUGAAUUUUCUAAUAAUAUAGAUGAAAGCUUAGAUACAGAGCAAUUAAUGCCAUUUCGAGUUACAUCAAAUUUACAACAAUUCAUUACGCCACUGCGAAAACAUCAUCUGAUCAACUGUAUGGUAGCAACUGGUCAAUGUUUUGAUAAGUCCAAAGACAAUGUUGAAGUUAUGCUUAAAGUUUUGUUGAACGAUGAGUUAAAAAAUAUAAUCAAAUUCGGUAUCACUAUUAAUGAAUUUGAAUUUGAUGGAAUGAAUGAAAAUCUUCUACUACAAACUGUAUUAAACAAUGUUGAAGGUGUUUUAACAAGAUGCAAAGACAUCGGUGAUUUGUCUACGAAUGAUUUGAUACACAAUCUUCUCUUCAAGGCCAUACUCAAAAAAAAUCUCUAUCUGGCAAAUCCUACUUGGCGUCCAUGGUUGUGAAGAAAGAUUUAUUUGAUAACAUUGUUUUUAAUUUUUAAUUAAUAUAUAUUUUUGUAUUAUUAUUUUGUCUCAUAAUUUUAAGGACAUAUUUAUUAAGUUAUUUUUUAAUUUUUUUUUUUUAUAAACUUUUACAUGUUUUGU